AUGACCUCAACCCUGUUUUUUUCCUUCCUUCUUUGGAGGCUGAGGAUGGACAGACAAUGAAUUGGGUCUCUGUCCUAGCUCGGGCUCAGCUGGGCAGUGACUAUGAUGCCAUUGUGCUCUCUGGGGACGGCUGCUGUCUUAGUCUGGAAGCGCCACAGAAACCUGUUCAGCUUCAUGGCCACUGACAGACAGGUGGUGGCUGCGUGCCAGGCAUCAUCUUCAAAAGACGCUGAUGCUUGGUAUUCCCAUCCGGCCUAUGCAAGAUACUGGCAGCAUUAUCAUCAGGCAAUGGCUUGGAUGCGAAGCCACCAUGAGGCCUACAGGAAGGCCAUGGAAUCCUAUGUGAAUUCUCUGUGGUAUCUCCCCACUGCGGUUCACCCCUAUAGCGGUUAUGGUAACCAGGGUGAGUACCCUCAGUCCUUUUACAACCAUCCCUCAGCGCCCCAGGAUGCCCACAGCACACAGCCGCAUUCUAGAGGAUCUGGGCAGCCUUCACCUGCCAGCCUUUGGGGUCAGUUCUCCACCAGAGAAGAAGAGCCAGCUUUGUUAUCGUCAGAGGAGGAGACAGAGAGUGAGUCCGAUGGGGGAAUCGAAUGCGACUUGAGCAACAUGGAGAUCACUGAGGAGCUGCGCCAAUACUUUGCGGAGACUGAGAGGCACAGAGAGGAACGACGGCGGCAGCAGCAGCUGGACGCUGAACGCCUGGGUGACUAUGUGAAUGCUGACCACGACCUGUACUACAACACCCACCGGUCAGUGGAGGCUCCAUCCGAGAGACCCAACGAGAGGCGUGCAAUCGAGAUGAAGCGCCUGUAUGGGGACGGCGCUGCCAAAAUCCAGGCCAUGGAAGCCGCAGUGCAGCUAAACUUUAACAAGCACUGCGAUCGCAAGCGGCCCAAGUAUUGGCCGGUUAUCCCCCUGAAGUUCUGA